GUUAUUUUCAGAUGAAACCUGAAUUAACGACGAUAACAAUCGUUGGACCACAAAGUUUUGGACUAAUGAUAUACCGAGUAAGAGUAAUGGACCAGUGCCAUUGUCCGACUAAUCAAGCCCAAUAUAUAAAUCAACAGCUCGGCCCAUUUCGUCUCUCGACUCGAACGAAAGAAGAAACCCUAACAGCUUGUUAUAGUCACAAGCAGCUCAUAAGCCAUCGCCUCCAUCUCCAUCGCCAUCUUCAAUUUUCGCCACCGGAAGAAGCUUUCUGCAGAUCGGCAACAAUGGCCCCUAAGAAAACCCCGCGCAAUCCGGAGCUUAUCAGGGGAAUCGGGAAAUUCUCACGCUCCAAAAUGUACCACAAGAGGGGCCUCUGGGCUAUCAAGGCCAAGAACGGCGGCGUCUUCCCACGCCACGAGAAGAAGCCCGUCGUGGAGGCGGCGCCGGAGAAGCCCCCGAAGUUCUACCCCGCCGACGAUGUGAAGAAGCCGUUCCCGAACCGACGCAAGCCGAAGCCCACGAAGCUCAGGUCGAGUAUCACUCCGGGGACUGUUCUGAUCAUCCUCGCCGGGAGAUUCAAGGGGAAGAGAGUCGUGUUCCUGAAGCAGCUCUCUUCCGGGCUGCUCCUUGUCACCGGUCCGCUCAAGAUCAACGGCGUUCCCAUUCGGCGCGUGAAUCAGGCGUAUGUGAUUGGGACUUCUACAAAGGUGGACAUUUCUGGGGUCAAUGUGGACAAGAUUGAUGACAAAUACUUUGCUAAGAAGGCCGAGAAGAAGAAGAAGAAGAAGACCGAAGAAGAGUUCUUCGAGUCUGAGAAAGAGGAGAAGAAAGGGCUCCCGCAGGAGAAGAAAGAUGACCAGAAGGAGGUGGACAGUGCAUUGAUCAAAGCCAUUGAAGCAGUGCCAGAUUUGAAGACUUAUUUGGCGGCACGGUUCUCUCUCAAGGAUGGCAUGAAGCCUCACCUGCUCGUCUUUUAAAGUGCGGUUUCAUUUUGAACCUGGUUUUGUUUUAGUUCUGUUUCUUGACUUUCUUCCUUGUGUUCCUUCUACCGGAUCAUUUAUAAUCUGUGCCCGUGACACAGAUUCCUUGAUUUUGAAAAAAAUGCGAAAUGAGAUUGACAAUAUUUACUCCCUUGUUAUUUUCAUUUGACCAUUGCAUGAGCUUUUUGCUGUGUUGAUUAAUUGAGCCAAUUUGGUGCUGUC